AUGGAAGGACUUUUAAGUGCCGUGAAAACGACCAGGAAUGGCACCGGCAGUUCUUUGGAGACUGCAGAUGUGCUAAUCGCUCCUUCAGCGCAGGUUGAACAAGGCAAAGCUCAUCAGCCCACUCACUCGGCAUCCCCAGAUUAUAUACUUGGCGUGCUAAGAUCGAAUCCAGAUUAUGAGCAAAUAAUUGAAGUUCUUUUGACGCUUGAUCCUAGCAGGAAGGAUAAAGAUGCCAAGGAUUUUGACAUCCGAAUUCCCAGUCCCAAGGCUGCUCAGAUCUUCCAAGCUAUGGUCAGCACGACAAUACCUACGCACUGGGAGCGUCUAAAUGAUAGCACUAGGGGGAAAAGGUCUCCCGAAAGCAAAGCAAAGGCUGCUCUGUUACGAUGUCUCUGCAGUGUUCCUGGUAUCAGUUCGUUGUUGACCCAGCUGCGCUUGCUUUGUGCCGAAUAUCAAGGAGAAAACCGAGAAUCAAAAGAGUCUGGAAAAGCUAUAGUGAUUCGAGACAUCUUAUCAGUUCUUUCGCAUCUGCUCAAACCAGAAGAUUUGAUUAUUCGCUUAUUUACAGACCUUGGUUCAAUAUUCACCAAUGAGGCUCAGAAACAGACUGCUUGGAGGGAGUUCGUUUCUCUUAUUGCGGCUAGCAAAGUGCUCUCCACCUCGGCAGAGGUCCUCGCCUUACUCAAGGAACAAGAUGACUCAAAUCCUUCGUCUUGGCUAGGCGAGGGCUCUCGCUAUGCUGUUUGGUUAGGUGAUAAUAUUCGAGGGUUUGCUUCGAAAAUCGAUAUGACAUCUGAAACAGGCUGGAAAUCUAUUGCCUUUCUUAUGAGCCGAGCGAUGAGCCUUGGAUACACUGACCAAUUGGUUAAAGGAAUCUAUCUUGGUCUCCUGAUCGAGAUGCCGCUAUCGAACCGGUUUAAUAUGUUUUUGAAUGGCCUCCGUCCUAGUGAUCAACUGGGCGUGUUGAUGUCGAUCUUUCGCGAUUUAGAAAAGAAGUAUUUUGCUGAAGAGCUUUCUGGACAAGAGAUAGACAUAACCAGCUCAGAAUACAUCAACGGUAUCGCCACUCUAUGCGCAACUGUCCUUGAGAACCGAUCUUAUCUCGAAGCUCAAGUCAUUGAGUUGCUAGCAAAGGGCCAAAGUUCUUAUAUCCAAACUCUCGGGCUUCGCCGAUCUUUACUGACCAACUUUGCCAAACGAGAAGACUCUCUGAGAAAUAUCGUCAACAAAUCUUUUGGGAAUUUUGGCGAUAAGCUCUACAUGAAGCAUACGCCAACCCUUAUUCAGAAUGCAAAUGCACAGGCGCUGCUUCUAGCUACAGGCUACCUCCACAGACUCAAUCCUUCCGCAGUGGUAGAAAUUGGCCGCUCAAGCCUGUUCCUCAGCUCCAUCUCAAAUCGAUUAGCAGCCUCAUCGGCACGGUCCCGGUUCUUGGGGAUGGUAGUCGGGAUGGCAAUUUCUCGAUUGAUUGAAGAGCCGGGGAAAGCUAUGAGGUUUGAUCUCGAGGAGAUGGAGAGCGACAGCGCGAAUAGAUAUUUGAGUCUCACUACCACUAAUGACCAAUUGGGCUCAGUGGAAUGUCUCAAGACAGAAAUAUCAGCAAUUCCCAAGAGACGAAUGCCUCCAAAGGUUUCCUUUUCCAAGACUACUGGAGUUUCUCGGGCACAAAGCGGUGCUUCGUCUAAGAUUAUCUCAAUAGAGGAAAUUGUUGACUCGGAUGUGGAUGGAGAUGAAGAUGAGUUGAUGCCUUACGAGAAGCCCGAUGAUGACCCUUCGGACUCCGAUGACGAUCCAACUUUAGUACAACGCAUCAAACCGACAGCUCCAGUAUAUAUCCGUGAUUUGAUUGUAUAUCUUCGAGAUUCCGAAAACAUCGAACGAUAUGAUCUUGCCCUUAGGACAGCGCCAUCGCUCAUCCGCCGUAAGACGGGGUUCGGUACCGAGCUCGUUGAGCAUACAAACGAGCUCGCUCUAGUACUCGUGAGUUUGCAGGAUGUAUCGAAAUCCUCCAAGUUCCAUGAGUACCGCUUACAGAGCAUGAUGGCUUUGAUUGUUUCGCAACCCUCCAAAAUGGGUCGCUGGUUUUCCGCUAUGUUCUUCGAUGGGGAUAUAUCCCAGGCACAGCGCUCGGCUAUUCUCACGGCCCUUGGUCUGAGUGCUCGUGAACUCGGCGGCAACGGUGAGGAAGACGCGCAGACACUGGGGCUUCCGACUCUUCCAGAUUCCUCUUUCCCAUCAAAGAAGUUACCAGCAAAUCUCGAAAGGCUGUACCUCACGGAUGAGUCUCCAGUAUCCAGUCUGGCAAGGCAGCUUUCCCAAGCAUCAUUGCAACCGCUGGCGGCCAAUGCCGCAGAUACGCUUUCUGGUCCCAACGCUCUUAAAGUGCGAACAUUCUCCUCGCGCAUGGACGUCGAGAAGAAACGCCAACAGCGGGAUGUUCAGAGGCAAAAGUCGACCAUUAAAGAUUUAUAUCCAGUCUUGAGCGAAAGCUUCUUCUACCCGUUGAAGGGUCGGUUCGAAUUGAUGAUGUUGCAAUUUUCAUCAUCAACCGCACCAUCUUACAAUCCCUUCUUGAGCCCUUCCUUGCUCACACUUUUCCUACAGACACUCUCUCUGAUUCUCUCGACACUCGGUCCCAACACCCCUACGCUUCCCACCCUGACGAGUGAGACUCUAAGCCUCCUCCUCUCACUACACACAAGCCCGAUAUCCAGCGACCCAGUCGUCCUUGCCGCGCUGCUAUCCCUAUUCCUGAACCUAAUCGAUCUCAAUGUCAGCUCGGGCACAUCUGGCGAAGAGCGCCUGGUGACCGAGUUCGCCGCAGAGAUAAUCGAGCUGCGCGAGUGGGCCGGUGAGAUUUUCGACCGGAUGCCGGCUAUCAAAGGCGCAGACCCGGCGAGCGAUCCGCAGGCUCGGGUGCGCACAUUGGCUGCGGGGGUGAUGGUGAAGCUGGGAGAAGUCAUGGAGCGGUACCAGGGGCGGUUGAUGGGUGUUCAGGCCGGGUUUUCAUAUUAA